AUGACAUCAACAAUCGAAACGGAAGAUGGAACGCAAGCGGAUCGCCCCAAAAAGAAAUCGGGAGCGGCAGGCGGAAAAAAGAAGGGCGGAAUGACGAAACGCGUCGCCGCACACGCGUUCGCCGAAUGCAACGAACAAAGUUUGCGCGAUUUCGUAAAAGCCACCACAGAUUUGGGAGUUAAAGGAAUUAUGGAGGAGUUUUUGCAGUUGCGUGCCGAAACUCAGACUUGUACCAAACCCAAAACUGCACAUGAAGGACAUACUGAUCGGAAUCGGUGAGAUUUUGAGGGGGGAAUUUGAAAAUUCAGAAAAUUUGCAGCUUUUUGACACCAAAUAUGAAUAUUUUUGAUGAAAAUUGAGAAAUUUGUGAAUUUUUAUCAAAAUUUCGGGAUUUUUGAUACUAAAUUUGAUAAGAUUUGAGCUAAACUGAAUUUUACAAGAUUUUUCUGCCACGUGGCAUUUUUUUACGCUAAAAAUUGUUUGAAUCAACAAAUUACAUUCUCAAGAUCAUUUUUGAAUUUCGUAACAAAAUUUAUAUCUAAAUUUUGAAACAGUAGAAUUUUUCAGAAAUUUGAAAACAAUUUUUUUCUUCUUGUCACGUGGUUUUUUUGGCGUUAAAAAUUGUUUAAGAAUCUAUUUUGAUGUUAAAAAUUUUCAAUAGCAUUUUUGAAUUUCGGAAAAAAAUCAUAUCUAAAUUUUGAAACAGUAGAAUUUUUCAGAAAUUUGAAAAAUUGUUUUUUUUUAGCUGCCACGUGGCAUUUUUUAGUCAAAUAUUUAUAAAUUUUGUGAUUUCUCUGCCACGUGGAAUUUUUUGGCGUUAAAAAAUUUUUUUCGAUUUAUAUUCUGAUCACUUUUGAAUUUGUGAGAAAAUAAUUUAUAUCUUAAUUUUGAAACAGUGAGAUUUUUCGAAAAUAGAACCAUUCCACCAUUCAUCAAUUUUGUGUACAAAAUAUUUUUUGAUAACAAAAUUCUGAAACAGUGAAUUUUUUCAAUUUGAUUUUUUGCAGUUUUUGAGUUGAAAUGGUUUAAAAUUGUGCAUUUUACAUAAAAGACGUUUUGAAACAGUAGAAUUAUUCAGAAAUUUGAAAAAUUGUUUUUUUUUUCUGCCACGUGUUUUUUUAGCGUUAAAAAAUGUUUUAAAAUCCAAAUUCAGUGCAAAAAUUCAAAUUUCGGAAAAAAUUCAUAUCAAAAUUUUGAAACAGCAGAAUUUUGCCCAAAUUCAUCAAUUUUGUGUACAAAAUAUUUUUUGAUAACAAAAUUCUGAAACAGUGAAUUUUUUUUCAACAUAAAAAAUGUGAUUUUUAUCAGUUUUUGAGCGCUGAAAAUGGUUGAAAUUAUUCAUUUUCAUCAAUUUUUCAAAAAUUUGAAAAACUGUUUUUUUUUCUGCCACGUGGUCAAAAAUUCGAGUCAAAAAUUUUUUGAAAUUCAUUUUUUAGAGCAAGUCAAAUUUACAAAAUUAGUAGAUCACUGUUGAAAAAAUUAUAUCUAAAUUUUAAAACAGUGAGAUUUUUUCAGAAAUUUGAAAAAUUGUUUUUUUUUCUUGUCACAUGGCCAAAAAUUCAAUAAUUUUUGUGCUAAACUGAAUUUUAAAAGAUUUUUCUGCCACGUGGCAUUUUUUGGCUUUAAAAAUUGUUUGAUCCAUAUAACUUCAUCAGUAAAAUAAUGAUCACUUUCAAAUUUGUGAGAAAAAUUAUAUCAAAAUUUUGAAACAGUGAGAUUUUUUCAGAAUUUUGAAAAAUUGUUUUUUUUUCUGCCACGUGGCAUUUUUUGGCGUUAAAAAAGUGUUUGAAUUUGCACUCUCGAAAUUAUCACUUAACAAUUGUUGAAGUUCCGAAAAAAAAAUCAAUUAAAAUUUUGAAACAGUGAGAUUUUUCAGAAAUUUGAAAAAUUGUUGUUUUUUGCUUCCGCGUGGCAUUUUUAGCGUUAAAAAAUAUUUUUAAAUUUUUGAUUAAUUUUCCAGUAGCGUUUUUGAACCUCCCAGAAAAAUCCAUAUCAAAAUUUUGAAACAGAAGAAUUUUGCGCAUCUUCAUCAAUUUUGUGUACAAAAUAUUUUUUGAUAACAAAAUUCUGAAACAGUGAAUUUUUUCAAUUUGAUUUUCAUCAGUUUUCUAUUUGAAAAUGUUUGAAAUUAUCCAAUUUUCAUCAAAUUUUUUCCCAAAACCCCUAAAAAAUCUCAAUUUUGCAGCUACAAAGAUGUGUAUUGUAUCGAUGAAACUCGUCUAAUUCUAAAAUGGCCAGAAGGAACAGAACAGGAUUAUAUCCAUGCAAAUUGGGUGAAAAUUGGCGAAAUUCCCAAAUAUAUUUGCACACAAGGACCAACCGAGAAAACUGUCGAAGAUUUUUGGAGAUUAGUUUGGCAAGAGAAGGCACCGUCUAUUGUGAUGUUGUGUAAUAUUAUGGAAUGUGGAAAAAAGAAGUGUGAACAGUAUUGGCCACAGAAUUCGGAAACACCGGUAAUUAUUUAGUUUUGGGGUGGAAAUUUGGGAAAAAUGAGCCGAAAAUGAUGAAAAUUGACCUAAAAUUCAUGGAGAAAGCAUAAUUUUUGGAUUUGAAAGUUUUAUUUGAAAUUAUGAAUUUUAUUCAUGAUUUUUUUGGGCAAAAUCUAAUUUUCUUGAACUUUGAAAACUAUCUAUGCAUUAGUUCUCAAUUUAUUUAAAAAUGUAUUCAAAAAUCUUGAAACAGUGAAAUAUUUUUCAAACCAUAAAUCAUAAAUCAUAAUCAAAGCUAAUUUUUAUCUAACAAGGGAACCUUUUUUACUCAACACUUCAAAUCAUGAUGAAAUUUUGUCCAGAGACAGCUUUUGGGGUCAUAAGAACACCCUAAAAAUUUUAGUCUCCCAAUCGACCUCUGAGCCAAGUUCUGGGCUCUCAAAAACUCAAAAAGGCCUAAAAAUGGUCAUAAAAGUCAUCAUAGCUCCAUUUCAAAAUUUUUUUUGGGAGAAAUAAAGUUUCAGAUAUUGAUCAGCAUAGUCGAUUACCUAAAAGUAAAUCAAUAAAAAAUAUUUUUUCAACAAAUUUUGAAGUUUUUUAUUUUUGGGCUGAAAAUCAUUCUUUUUUUCAAAAUCAGAAAUUUUUCUGAAAAUUUGAUUUAUUUAUGCUUUUUGGGUAAAUCGACCACGUUGAUCAUCAUCUGCUACUCAGUUUUUCAUCAAAUUGAUCGAGAAUUGAGUUAUGACGUGUUUUAUAAGCCAAUUUUUGCAAUUUUUGAACUUUUGAGAGCCCAGAACUUGGCUCAGAGGUCCAUUGGAAGACUAAAAUUUUUAAGGUGUUCUUAUAACCCCAAAAGCUGUCUCUGGACCAAAUUUCAUCAUGAUUUGAAGUGUUGAGUAAAAAAGGUUUCCUUGUAAAAAUUUUGAAACAGUAAUUUGUUGGCAAUGAUAGAAACAUUUUUUUUAAUUCCCAAAAAAUUUAUAUGGAAAUUUUGAAACAGUGAAAUUUUCAGUGAGAGAAAAUAAUUCAAAAACUAAUUUUUAUUUUCCGAAAAAUCUACGUGGUUUUGGUGUCAAAACUACUAAAGAUUAUGGAAUUCAUCAUUUAAAUUUAAAGUGUAAUCAACAAUUUUGGACAAUCAGAUCUGAUUUUUAUUAAAUUUUUUUGAAACAGUGAAUUUUUUUUGAAUAUUUAGAUUUUUUUUUCAUUAUAAUACUUGAAAUUGCUAGAAAAUGUAUAUAUAAAAAUUUUGAAACAGUAGAAUUUUUCGAAAGUCAAAAAAAUUUCAAUUUUCAAUCUCAUUUUUCUUCAGAUCACAUGCCUCGACGGAAAAUUGACAAUAAAAAUGGUGGAAAAUUCGAAAGAAGUUGAGCAAAACAUAAUUUUAUCGAAACUCGUCAUGACAGAUGACAAGGGAACGACACUAAAUGUUGAACAUUGGCAAUGGAAAGCGUGGCCGGAUAGAGGUGUUCCCGAAGUUCCGAUGGCCACUUUUCGAUUGUUGUUUAGAGUGAGUUUUUGGGUUUUGGAGCGAUCUACAGUAAUCUUGAGAGUUUUCUGAUAAUUUUGAGAUCAAAUUUGGUGAUUUUUGGGUCUUGGAGCGAUCUACAGUAGUCUUGAGAAUUUCCUGAUCGUUUUGAGAUUGAAUUUGGUGGUUUUUGGGUCUUGGAGCGAUCUACAGUAAUCUCGACGGUUACCUGAUCAUUUUGAGAUCAAAUUUGAUGGUUUUUGGGCCUUGGAGCGAUCUAGAGUAAUCUUGAGAGUUUUCUGAUCAUUUUGAGACCAAAUACAGUAUUUUUUGGGUCUCGGAGCGAUCUACAGUAAUCCUGAGAGUUUUCUGAUUAUUUUGAAACCAAAUUUGGUGAUUUUUGGGUCUUGGAGCGAUCUACAGUAAUCUUGAGAAUUUUCUGAUCAUUUUGAGACCAAAUUUGGUGGUUUUUGGGUCUUGGAGCGAUCUACAGUACUCGUGAUUUUUGGCGGCAAAUUUUUUGAAUUUGAAAAAUUUCUGUGAAAAUUUGUUUCUAAAAAUUGGAAAAACAUAUUAUCAGCAAUUUUUUCAACAAAAAACGCAAUUUUCUGAAAAUUUUGAAACAGUGAAUUUUUUCACACAAUAAAUACAAUAAUUUUCAAAAUUGACUAUUUUUCACGGGAUUUUGAGUAAAAAUACAGCUCAGAAAUUACAGUAACCCUACCGUAUUUGGUCUCAAAAAAUUGCAAAUUUUCAGCUGAAAAACGCAAUUUUAUAAAAAUUUUGAAACAGUAAAUUUUUUCACAUAAAAAAUACUUCUAAAUUUAAAUUUUCAUUAGGAGUUAGCGAAAAUCCAAGAAUUUCCCCAGAAAUUGCUCAAAAUUCCAGCUUAGAAAUUACAGUAACCCUACCGUAUUUGGUCUCAAAAAAUUGCAAAUUUUCAGCUGAAAAACGCGUGUCCUGUGGUGGUUCAUUGCUCGGCCGGAAUUGGUCGAACCGGAACAAUUGUCGGCCUAGAUAUUGCCUACGCAAAACUUUGUGCCGGCGAAAAAAUCUCGCUAAACUCAAUAGUCCGCGAUAUUCGAAAUCAACGACACGGUUCGGUUCAAACCGAUGCACAAUAUCUAUUUAUGCACCGCGUUUUGUUGGCAUUGGCUGAAAAUAAGAAGAUAUCCACACCUGAAAUGACGGCGUUUUGUGAGGAAUAUCAUAAGGUUAUGGCGACUAAAGCGGGAUGA